AGCGCGCCAGCCGCCAGCGUAAGUGCGGCCAUCUUCCCCCCUCUCACUCUCUCUCUCUCUCUUUCCCUCUUCCGUUCCUUCGCGGGAAACUUUUAGCGCGGCUGGCUCGGGCCGCUUCGCGCCGCUUCGGGAUCGUCGAUCCGAUUAGACAUUAGUUGAGCGGCCUCGGGUCGGGAAUCUUCUUCAACUCGCCGCGACUGAGCCGAGAGCAGCUCGGAGUUCGGAGUGGCUCGGAGUAGUCGGAGCAGCUCGAGGUAGUCGAUGGGAGCAACAAGACACGCGUGCGUGCGGUACGCCUUUUAUUCUGCGGCACGGACAGUGAGUAAAGGAGAGAGAAAGAGAGAGAGAGAGGAAGAAAGAGAGAAAGAGGGGCGGAGGGAAGUGUUGAGUGGCGUCCUGGCGUCCCGCCAUCGGUGGCGAAGGAGGAUCGCGUCGUCGAUAAGCGUCGCCGAUAAGCGCGUCGGGGUGAGAUUGAUCGUCGCGCCGGAAAGCGGCGCGUUAGCGUCCGGCAGGUAGAUAGGACGAAGGGCGGAAGAGAACUGGAAAAGAGAAACACAGUUCUCCGCGCGAAAGACGGAAGGAAUUGGAAAAAGAGAGAGAGAGAGAAAUAAGCAGGAUAAUUCGAAGGAUAAGCGAGAAAGGAGCAUGCACCGGUAAUCGGAGAAACAGGGGCGGCAGCAUGAGGUACGUUUCCGGAGAUGCGCGUCGUCGCUCGUCGCAGCAGACUCGGUAGCUAUAGCCGCGCGCACCACCAGGCAUGGCCGACGUAGCGUCGCCGGAAGGCGACAACGGGCUCGUCGCCGCGACGCCCGAAGGGUGUCGAGCGCCACUGAUGACGGAGACCGGCGGCGCCAACGGCGGGACGGGGGACAUGGCCGCCGCCGCCGCCGACAACGGAGUUGUCGACGACAAGGUCAGUAUUCAUGAGAUCCUCGAGGGGAUGACGAACGAGUUUAACAAGAAUGUGAGCCCGACGAAGAAUGAAAUUGAAAAAAUGGAAUUGGAAGAGAAGGUGAUGUCGCUGUUGCCGUCGAGGAUCGUCGACGAGGUGUCCAAGAGGGAAAGGGAGUCCGACGAGAUCAGCGAGGAAGCUGUUGAAGAUCCAGAGGAUGUAGUUACCUUACAGGCUCCGGAAGUGAAUCACAAGGAUGAGGAGGAGAGUUCGCCGGGCAAGCAGGAGGCUGUCAAGAAGGACAACAACAUACCCAGGAUCGUCUUGACGUUCAGGACCAUCGACGAGAAUACGGAUCACGGCAAGAAGACCAAGAUAUCCAGUUGUUCCUCUAAUCUCACUUUAGUUCCUGACGAGUUGGCCAACUGUGAUCAAAUUGGCGGCGUCUCGGUAAAGAUAGAGACCUCCGAUGAGAAUUCCGACGUAGUGGAAGAGUCCCAAGCUGAGGAGUCUCAAGCAGAGGAAUCCCAAGCCGAGGAGUCCCAGACAGAGGAGUCGAAAGUUAAGGAAUCUCAAUCAGAGAAGUCUCAAGCAGAGGAGACAAAGAAGAAGGAAUCUACAAAGGUGACAGAAUCGAAAGUCGUGGAUGAGAAUAAAAUAGAAACUGCAGAAGAGAGACAAAAUAGUGAUGCUCAACUUCCUAUCCAGAAGAAGUCUGAAAUCACGGAGAAUAAUGCUGAAAACAGCAACGCCAAGACAACACUCGCAGAAGGUACUGCGCAACAAGAAACUACCGCGCCAGUUACCAGGAAGAGAAGAAUUGGGCGACCCAGAUUACGAGCACUUAGUGAUUCAAUACCUCGGGAUGAGGAACCUCCCGGUCCCAAGCGUUCAGCUAGAAGGUUGUGUAAAGAGUCUGUAAAGACUGUACUGGAAAGCGCCAUGGCACGUAAGGAGAAGUCCAAUUAUACGGAGGAAUACAAGAAAAAGAAGUACAACAAACCGGGUCGACCCAAGAAGAUUGUUCCAGGCAAAGAUCCGAUCAAGCAGACACAAGUAAAGCCGUCCGAUGUCCGUCAGGAGAUGGAGACGUCGUUGACGUCUGAUAAUAGCACGACUGAGAUGUUAGAGUCUUCGCGCGACACUUCUCUACCCGAGAACAGCACGAACGACAAUGUUACGGAAGAUUCGCAGUCGUUCUCAUCCGACUUCGAUGGAAUGCCGAAGCUAUCGCCGAUGACGAGGAGCUCGGAAUCACAUACCAAACUGGGCAAUUCCAUCGGCAGUCCUGGCAGCGACGACACACCUUU